UAUGACUGUAUCAGCUGUUUUACAAUCACACUAAAGCUGAGUUUACAUGACGUUACUAGUUGACCAGAGUAACCGCCACAGUGUGACUGAGUAUCAAACAGAUGAUCAUGAAGAAGUCACUUUUCAUUUGAAGCUGAAAGUGUAAUGUUGUGUUUCAGUUGUAGCUCAAUGUGUGCAGAGGAUUCUAUAGUGUACAGCGUCACUUCUGUCAAAUCAACUUACAGUUUACUACAGUAAAUGUGUUCUUAUAACUGUUGUGAAGGUCUAGAUGUCAUAGUAAAGUUAAAAAGUCAUCUGUAAACUGAGGUAAGAGAGUGUGGGAGAGAGAGAGAGAGAGAGAGAGGGAGAGGGGUCAGAGCUGUCCAAUCCCACACAAGGCUUGAGCUGAGAAGGAAAAAACAAGCGAACAUUGCAGGAUAUUCUCACAGGAUGUGUACGAGAGCAGAGAGAGAGACACAUGUGAGGGUGUGUGGAGCGUUUAAGAGCUCAUGAAGAGAUUCAGCUGAGCACUAUGGAUGUCCGUGUCUGGAUCGUGAUGCUCAUGGUGGCGCCCGUCGCUCUGUUCAGACGUCCAGCAGAACUUUCUCUCUGUCAAGUGCUCCAGAAAGAUGCCGACUGCAGUCAUCUCAACCUCAGAAACAUCCCGAACCAUCUUCCCUCCGGCAUCCACACGCUGGACCUGUCCCAGAACCAUCUGCAGAACCUGACGGAUGACUCUCUCCUGUCUUACACUGCCAUCCAUCAUCUCAAGCUUCACUCCAAUCAGAUCGAGUUCAUUCAGCCGGGUGUCUUCAGAGACAUGAGUCAUCUGCGCGUGCUGGAUCUGUCCAGAAACUCUCUGGAUGUUUACGGCGCUCUGAAGACGCACGUGGGGCCGCUGCCGUCCGUACACAGUCUGGAUCUGUCGGGAAACGGCCUCUUCACCCACAUGAGCGACUACUUUCUGAGAGACGCUCCGGCGCUCACCAACCUGUCGUUGAACGGGAACAGCAUCACUAAAAUCUGCAGGGACACGUUCAACGGAUCUCAGGCCUUACAAAACAUCGACUUGCAUAACAACGUUAUCAUUGAGAUCGAAGAAGGCGCCUUUGAGUCCUUGACCGAUCUCUCCGAACUCGAUUUGUCCGUCAAUUCCGUUUCUUGCAUCGUGGACUUUAACCUCUUCCAGCUCAAGACAUUAAACCUGAGCAAAAACAGCAUGAGCAGCUUCCAGACCAUCGAUUCGGACCGGGACUUUGAGCUGCUGGAUCUGGAUCUGAGAGAAAAUAAAAUCCUUGAUUUCCCCGUCCUACCCCGGAAGAACAGACUCGUGUACCUGGACCUGUCCCGAAAUCUCUUGAGAAGCGUGAACUGCUCGGGUCCUGUGGACGAGCUGGAGAACCAGAAGGACAGUUCUCGUCGCGUCAGUAAACAGCAUCAAGAUCUUCCGAGGCUGAUGUAUUUAGACUUGAGUUACAAUCAGCUGAAAAGCCUCCCGUCGUCUUUCUUCGGCAGCACGGACGCUCUGGAGACCCUAAACGUCAGCAACAACUGCUUGCAGAGCUUCAGGGUGAUGGCGGACGGGCCGUUGAACUCUCUCAGAACGCUGGACGUCAGCUUCAAUAACCUCCAGGAUCUUGAGUUGGAGGAGAAGACGCUGACGGCGCUGGAGGUUCUGCACCUGCGGGGGAAUUCUCUCCGUGUGUUGGACGGCAACAUCUUCUCCAAGCUGCCCAGCAUCCACAGCCUCCACCUUCAACAGAACCGGCUGAGCAUCUGUCCCUCUGCCGAUGGCUGCGUCUCGCUCUCGUCUCUCCCUACCUUACGCUAUCUGUACUUGUCAGAGAACACGCUCUCGUCCGUCCCGCGGGAGGCCUUCAGGGGCAGCCCGCUCCUCAUCCUGGAUCUGUCUCUGAACCCCGGCGUGGAGAUAGACGCCGGCGCUCUCUCGGGUCUGGAGACCUCUCUCGGCUGGCUGUAUCUGAGAGGAAAUGAGCUCAGAGCGCUGGCCGUGGACUUCACCCUCUUCAGCAACCUGAAGUCUUUGGAUCUGUCAGUGAACCGGCUCACGGCUUUGUCUCUGUGGAGCGGGGACUCUUCCGUCGAGUCUCUGAACUUGCAGAGUAACAGUCUGGUGACGCUGGCGCCCGCCACCGUGUCGGCUCUGCAGAAAGCACUCAAGACUUUAUACGUGGGCUCGAACCCGCUGAGCUGCUGCGGAAACUCGCACCUCCUCACUUUACUGCAGCGGGACGGAGUGUCGGUGCCCGACAUCGCCGCCGCCACCUGCUGGUACAGCAAAGACUCGCGGAACACAGAGAUCAGCGUGAGCGCCGUACGGGCCGAGCACUGUGCGUCUGUGGACGGGAACGUGUUGCUGAUCAGCGUGCUUGUCUUAUUGGUGUUAGGACUGACGGUGCUGUCGACCGUCAUCUUUAAAGUCUGUCACUCCAGACGACACGCGUUCAACAGAGGAAUCAGAGCUUGAAGAGAAGAGGGAAAAGAAACCAAAACACUCUCACCUGACUGCGUUUCGGUAUGGAAUGCGUGGGUGCUUGGGAAGGAAAAAAAUCUAUGUGAAACGCACAACCUUGAGGGUCUGAUCACAUCUGAUUGAACUGGAGCGAUGAAGGUUUACGACAUAAAGACACAAAUCAGACAAAGGUAGCAGAAACACAUUUGAAGGAUAACAGAACAUGAUGAUGAUAUAACACUAGCGCAAAAGUGAAGUGUGAAUGCUCAUCUCCACACGGUGCAUCACAGAAGCACUUUCACUGGCCUGAGGACAUGUUUUUGGUUUUGUUUUCCUCCCACCGCAUGUGUGUUUGAUCAGUCUGUCUGUUUUUAGAUGUUUCCAGUCUUUGACCCUGACUGAUGUCUAUAUGGGGUGAUGUACACAAGCGGCUGAUAAAGAUAGUCAGGAGAGUCCACACACAUCAUCACGGCUGAUAUUAAUAGUGUUUUUAUUUCACAAACUGUUAACACUGUAAUAACAGCAGCUUCCUCCUGUCAAUCAUCUUCUGCUUUUCUACUGCACACCACACCACACACACACACACACACAAACACACACACGUCAUCAGAACGCUACAUGAAGGAAUUAUUACCCAUCAACUGCUAUAUAUACAUAUACAGUACAUAUAUAAAUAUAUUUAUGAAGUACUUUUGAUAAAUAAAAAGAUCUACCUGAUGUGUUUGUCCUUUAACUGCUGCUCAGACCUGUGAAGAGAGAAGAAUAUUAUCAACACAUGUACGGCUUUCAUUUACACCAACACAUACUGUGAGGGAAACUUAGUUUACUUAAAGUGACAGUUCAGACAAAAGUAAGUGAACCUCAGCUUUCCUGUGGCUCAGUGGUUAGAGCGUGGCGCUAGCAAUGCAUGGGGUCGAUCCCAGGGGAUUGCACAUAGACAGAAGCAAAUGUAUAAUACAAUGCAAUGUCAAUCGCUUUGGAUAAAAGCGUCUGCUAAAAAAUGCAUAAAUGAAACACAAAAGAAGAUAUUUUCAUAUCUUUGAUUAUCAACAUUCUUCAAAAUAUCUUCAUUUGUGUUCUGCAGAAGAAAGAAACUGACAUGACGCAUAAAUGAAUGUUGAAAGAAUUUUUGCUUUAAUUUAAAAUGGUGUGUGAGAGAGAGAGACAUUGUAUGUGUAGAGUGUUAGCUGGCAGAGAGGAAGUCAAUGCCAUCAGUUCUGUCCAAACAGGAAGCAGUCACAGGAAAAGCAGCACAUGGAACGGUGAGUUCUUGCUGUUUGUUUUCCUGCAGGAGGUGGGGGGGGGGUGUUAGAGGGCCUCUGGAUUUCUCUCAAUGUUUACAUUCAAAAAAUAUCAUUUUACAGGUUUUUUGUUGCUAUUGUUCAUUUUACAUGCUUACAAAUAAAACUUUGCCUCUAAAUCCACGUGUGACUCGAGUUA